AAACCAGAAAAAUGACCACAGGUAACUGCUGGUAGAUAUCUUCCACCUUGCUCGUUCUUUUCCCUGCACGUUCCUUCCUGCUUGCAAUAUUUAUUGACUCAUCAAAAGAGUUUAGUUGUGCUCCCUCUCAAUUUCGGAACGGCGACACCACGCAUUAUCUCUGACUUUUCUACAAAGGAAAGUACAUUGCUGAGUUCGUGCCCUGCCACACAGCCUUAUGUAAAUACAACUUCAUUUUGUACACAGUUUGUUCGUUGCGCUACGUCUAUGUCGGGUGUGGAUCUCGAUAUUUUCAAAACUACGACACACGUUAAGAACAGGAAUCGCGUCGCAAUUUUCGACGACGCCAAGAACGAGUACUAUUUCAUGCACUCUUAUUGCUAAAAGUCCACGCCGGACUUACUUAAGUGGAGCUAGACCACAGCGAUCGGUGGCGACCAUUGCCGAUCAAAAUCAAAAUGCAACUUUCAACCGGAACUAAAACCACUCGAUACCCUGGCGCUUUGGCGCUCUGGGUAAUUUUCAUCUACGCCAGCACCUUUUCUCCUAUCAGAGUUUUGGGCCGGCGAAAACUACGCAGCGGCAACUUCUCGCCCGUGCAAGGAUCCUCUCCGGUGCACCGUUUCGCGCCUUCCUCUCCGACCCUGCGGGAGCAGCCGUAUCCGCACCUGCCCGGCGGACUGGAAGCCUUUGCGCUGGGGCCCGGCCACGGCACAACCUCUUCCACCACCUCCUCGAGAGCACGCAGUAACAAUGCCGGGUCAAACCAAACCCUG